AUGGUGCCGGACCCACACUUUUCACUUUUCGCACCAUACCGUUGUGUAAAGUUCAUUGGCGGAGAGGUGGCCAGCUAUCGAGGGGCCCGUGUGAUCAGUUUAAAGGGAGUGGCCCUGUCCACGGUGGACGUACCGUUAACCAAGACCGUCUAUCGGCACAUCGAGGCACGAGAUUUCCAGAAAGCGCACGACGUCGCCUGCCUGGGGGUGACCCAGCGAGAUUGGCGGCUCCUGGGCAUGUCCGCCCUCCAAGCGAUGGAAUUCGAGGUCAGCCGGAAGGCCUUCAUCCGGCUCCGGGACCUUCGCUUUGUCGACAUCUUGUCCGACAUUGAGCUAAGGACCAUGCACGAGGCUACUCUGUUGAAGACCAACGCCGAAGCCAGGGUAAAGAUGGAAGCCGAUUCCUCGGCCGAGCUGUUGGCGCACCAGGGCGACUACCAGGGCGCCGCCAAGACGUGGGCGAGGAAUGGCAUGGCAGACAAGGCCAUCACGAUGUUCAUCGACCUCCGCCAAUGGGAGGAGGCUAAGGUGUUCGCAGCCUCUUCGGGGGGGUCCGUGGAUGCCAAGGAGCUGACUCGACGCCAGGCAGAAUGGGCAGAAGAAGUCGGAGAUUGGUCGGUGGCAUCCGAACUGUUCCUCAAGAGCGGGGAGCCGCUUCGGGCCGCUGAGAUCACCAUCAAAGGGAGAGGAGAAGGUUGGCAGGAUGCUCUGGCAGAGAUAGUCAGGUCGGUCACGAAGACGGAGACGAAAAUCCUGAGUGUUUGCGGCAAGGAGUUGUCCUUGGCGGGUUUCGACGACCUUGCGAAGGAGGCGUACAUGAAGAUGGACGACUUCACGAACGUCAUGGCACUUUACGUCAAAAACCAGAACUGGUCGGAAGCGGUGAAGCUUUCCGAGGAGCACGGCCGCAAGUACGACGACGCCAUUUUCCUACCCUACGCGCUGUGGCUCCGAGACAAUGGGAGGUUUGACGAAGCUCUCGAGGCGUUCCAGAGGGCCGGAAGGCGGGAUUUGAGCGGGGCCAUGACUGAGCAACUCAUGUGA